AUGGCAAAGCGCAAGUCUUACGGAGGUGAAGGAAGUUAUUCGGGGAAGAAACAAAAGACUGCCCAUGUGCAUGAUCCCCCUACCUCCGAAGAUGUCUAUACCGGAAGACAACUUCGCGAGCUGUUAGCUUUCGAACAAGACCUUCGGAAAGCUAGGCACGGUCUCCAAUCGUUCAAAAACCUCCUCGAUUGCAUCGUCAACAACGAAGACCAGGAUUCUGAGAAGUUUCAAAUACUACGGGAGUUCUUGGACUCGGUAAAGCCACGAGAACAGGAUGACGAAGUCCCCGUGUAUCUACCAGAUAUAAUGGAAUCGUGGAGCAUGGCUUCACAGUUAAAUAACGAAAAUGUCAUGUCUGCCGUCGCGGUUGUCCUCGCGCUUCUUCUCAAAAUUCUCUCCGGGAAAGUGAAUUUGGUGUCAUAUGGUUUAGGGAUAUGUCGGACUCUCGUUCAGAAACGACAGCAAGAGCUUAUCGCCAAAAAUCUCUCGGCUGACAAUGGCAAAGAUUUCAUAAUAUCUCCUACGUUAAGACUUCUCAGAGAAGCGGUAUGCUUCGAUGGUGGAGCGCUUGCAGCCCCGAUAUUCAGAGCUAGGAACAAUACGUUUAAAUCUCUCGCUAGGAAUAUAGGUCUUAAAUACCUAGGAGAAGGCGUGGAAGAUCCUAAGCGACCGUCUGUAAGGACAAAUGCAAUACGAUUUCUUCUAAGUAGCUUGAAACUUCUCCAUGUUGAAGCGAAGCGCGAUCUAUUAUCCCAAAAAGACAUCGUGGCAGCGCUUAUGAGGCACAUUAGAAAGGAUCCACCUUCAUUAAUCCAUGAAAUCUUAGAUACCCUGAGAGCUUCUGUUAUUUUAGACAGGAAGCUGCCGAAGGAUAUCAAGAUUAGAAUCCUGAAUGCGCAUUCCCUUAUCAGGAUAGCGGAGCUCUAUGGUUAUCCCGAAGUCCCUACCGAACAUGAAGGUGAAUCAGAGCGCGAGCGCCCGACUGUCGAGCAAUCGGCCCAUGCGUUCUUGACCGCUGCUUGCACUGAUUCCGACGCUGGUGUCCGUCGAUCGGAACAUGGUUAUUACCCCGAGGGCGUAGAUCCCAAUGCCAUACCAUCGGCGGUCAACGAUGAUCAACCUGUGGAUUUUGGUAUCGAUAGCAUCCCGUGGAUGGGCAAGUUUGAGAACGAUGUACCUGUACGGAAUUCGCUGUUGGCGGAGUUUAUCCAGACAUUACGACCGUGGUCUAUCACGAAGCAGAAUGAACUUCUGGUAGCGAUUUUCGAAACAUCGCCGGAAUUGGCUGCCAACUACUUUUGUCACAAGAAGUCGUUUGCGUUUGAUCCAAAGCUAACGGCUACUUGGAUUGGUUACGCCGCAUUGCUUUACAAUGUUGUUCAGUUACCGAUCCCCUCUUGGUUCGGACACGCUAAAGGCUAUGCAAGAAUUCCACCCCCUACUUCUGUGGUGCUUGGAAACAUAAUUCCAAUACCCAUGACACCAAAAGCUAUAACGCGAUGUCUCUCUAUCAAAUCCAAGUUAGCUUCCUUUUACGCCAUCCGUCUAUUAAUAUUGGCUUUGCAAAAGUUAGACCGAACUCUAGAGAUGUAUCGAGAGGCAUCGUCGUCACCUGAUUCUCUUUGGGAAGAGGCAGCUCGCCGGCUCUUAGAUGAAUUUUACCAAAGGAUCCCCGACAUCAAGGAUGUUAUCAAAUGUUAUCUUGCCAUGGAGCAAGAUGACCUACUUCAACGGCAAGCCGCAAGCCGCUUGCUAUUACUCUAUUACGAGGUCAUCCCCCAGGUUGCCUUGAGAGCCAGGUUUGACGUCUCACCAAUAUUAUCAUCUACUAUCAAGAGAGUUGAGGCAUCAGAUAGAGCAGAUGAAGAUACAGUGAUGUCUCUAUUCGAACUCGAAAACCUAUGCGCAAUUGCGAAAUACUCCCCAAAUAUGCGGUGGUUUGCUCGAACCUCCGAUAUACCACACUCUCCGUUCACAACCCUCUUAAGAUUAUCUGUCGAAAAGACAACCGGAUUAUCUAAUGAGAGCUUAGAUGGCGUCUUAUAUUGGGUUGCUAAAGAACAUCAAUUGGUAGAAGACCAACCAAACUCUCCAGGGCUAUACCCCUUAAUUGCAGCAUUGAGGAGCCUUGAAACCGUCGACUCGGCAAUCUGGAUAUUCCUGGAUAACUGUGUUGAGCGCUGUGCUAGGACGCCGGUCAAAUACCUUGAGAUGAUUGAAGAGCAACUAGAUAAAGUUAAGAUCUCCGAAGACGAAGAUACAGUUACUUACCCUCUCAUGAUGACGAUUGCGGAGCAGAUUCCUUUUUUUAGUUCGUCUUCCUCUAGCAAGACCACAUUGAAAGCAUUUGUGCAGUUUCUCUCGGAAUACCUUGGACAUUCACUUGCUGCUGGUGUAAGCAAGCCUUUCGUAGAGGCUUCGAAGGAGUUCUUUUCUACCGGCUUUACAGACCAGAAGCUCAAAGAAAAGUUGCGCAUUCCAAAAAGGAAGAAGAUUAUACCAGAAUCUCGAGAACAUCACUCCGAUCAUAAUGCCUUGCAUAUUAAUGGGCGGGGUAACCAAGCUGCUAUGGAUGUGGACAGCGAUUCAAUCGCACAAAUCAGCCCUCAGGACUUAGAACAGAGGCUAGCAGUGCCAAUUAUAACAAGCAAAGAUAAUUCCUUAUCUAAAUGGACAUCCAAAACACCUGAAGAACUUGUCGAGGAGGGGUAUGCAUCUUCACUAAUCCGCUUGCUUUUGUCUGAGCAUUCGAGCAUUAGAAAGGAAGCACUCAUAAACAUAGUCAAAGUUGCUGCGAAGAUAAAAGAUUCAACAUACGAGAACAACGAGCAAAUAUGGCUCCUGCUUAUGGAACUUACUGAAUCAGCACGAGAUUCGCUUACGGUCGGGCCACUACCGAGUGUGAUCAUCGCCUUUGCCUGCAAGGCCCUCGAAGUUCUAAUGAACCCCAUGCACAGUCUAUAUGAGAAGGUCAAUCUGUUUCUCACUAGUGGACCGGUAUGGUCAUUAGACAAGAUACCUCUUAUACAAAAUAUCCUCCAAGAGGGCCCGACCGAAGAUGGGGCUUUCUACUCCGAAGUCAGCUGGCUCCUGGGUUUCCUACUCGAAAGUUUACGAACACCCGCGGACGUGGCUCUAUUCCAUAAACGCAGAGUUCCCGAGAGGUUACUCGCUUUAACGUCCAACCCCUUUAUGGGUCCUAAUCUGAGGACGCAAAUAUUGAGGAUCAUUUAUAGGAUGUCGAGUAUCGAGGGGGGAAGUGAUACUUUGAUUACGAGGUUUGGAGUGGUGAGUUGGCUUUUGGCGCAGAGGGAUACAGCAACAGAUGUUGCUGGGCGCGGAGUGUAUCAAGCGAUGCUUAGAAGAUUAUGGGAAACCUGUGAUCAAAAACGCAUCUCGGCGUGGAGCAAGGGUGGCAUCGAAAGGCUUGUAGAGCCAUGA